CUGGAAAUGUCAGUGUGGGUAAGAGCUGCCAGUAGCCACAAGUCCCAAGUGACAGUUUACGACCUAGUUGAUGGAACAGUGUAUGUGUUUCGUAUUCGAGCGGUUAACAUCUAUGGAACGAGUGAUCCAUGUGCAGAAACAGAGCCGAUACUUAUUCCUGAAAUAACCUCUGAAUACUGUGGCGCUAGGAAAUAUAACAACAACGUCCACACACUUCAAGAAGAAGAAACAGACAAAGAAAUGUAUUCAUUUAAUCAGGAUACAGUUUCAGAAAAAGCGGUAGGAGAAACUUUUAAUUAUAGAGAAUACACUGAAGAUGAAUUAUUGGGCAAGACAAAUGAAGAUGAAUUAUUGGGCAAGACAAAUGAAUAUGAACUAUUUGGUAAGACAAGUGGAGAUGAAUUAUUUGGUAAUACAAAUGAAGAUGAACUAAUUGGUAAGACAAAUGAAGAUGAACUAUUUGGUAAGACAAAUGGAGAUGAACUAAUUGGUAAGACAAAUGAAGAUGAACUAUUUGGUAAUACAAAUGAAGAUGAACCAAUUGGUAAUACAAAUGAAGAUAAACUAUUUGGUAAUACAAAUGAAGAUGAACUAAUUGGUAAGACAAAUGAAGAUGAACUAUUUGGUAAGACAAAUGGAGAUGAGUUAGAGAGAGUAACUGAUGAAGAAAAAGAAAAUGAAUAUGACUUGUUAACUACAUCUGAUUCAGAUGAAGAAUGGGAACUUGCUUCUGAAGGAGUUGUUGAAACUCUGGAGGACAUUGUAUGUUCCAGUGAAGGUCAUGAAACAGUGCACUCAAGUGCUUUGAAGAGGACAGAAGUUGAAGAGGACAAGACCCAUCUGGUAGGAAGCAGUUCGUGUGAAGACAAGCUUCCGGAGGGUCCCAGUAUUAUAUCUGACCCUCCCACUGAAGAAGCACGUGAACACAGCUCUUUUCCUUCAGUGUCAACGGUUCCAGCGAUGCCUUUACUAAGAUGCAUCAUUUAUGAGCCCUUUGUUUGGGAAGCCCAAAUGCUUCACCAUGGCGUAAUGAGUGACAUGCCUGAUGUUGGAAUCAAUGCAGAAACUGUAGCUGAUAUUAGAAGCUUAGAACCAUUAACUCCCGAAAUUUGUUAUGCACGUUGGGUAGUUGAAGACAUCCAUCACUGUGCUGCUAUGUUGUCAUUGUUAGACUUCCCAGGUACAUUGGAACUCGCUAAACCUUUUAAUUCUCAACAAGCUGAAACAAAUCGGUGUCGUAUUUCAUUAGCAGAGCUGCUGUUUAGAGUCACUGUGUCACAGGACGACGUCCAAUUUUGUGAAGCCGUAGGAUGGCUUUCUGACCAAACAUUUGUCUGUAACACUGUGUUAGAAUUACCUAAUCAUGUGUUGUGUGUUAACAUUUUACCUCCUCUUCUACUUCAAACUUCAUUCUUCAGUAGCGGAAAACAUUGUACAGAUAAAAAACGACUUUCUGGAAAUGCACGUACGUCUGUUGAGCCAUGUCUUGAUUAUCUCAUCAUACAGCUUCCACCACAACAGAUGGAAGUGCCGACAGUCAUAAAAAGCUCGAGCUUGAAAGCACCAUGUAGAGUUCUGCCCUAUUUAUGUUUAUUGGAAAGUUCUAUUACAUUAGCAGAGACAUUUAUUUCAACGAGCUUGGACUGUGUGGAAUUAAGUCCAGAAUCUUCUUUCUUAAUCGAACCGACACCACCAACCAUUAUUCACCACUCCUUUAUUAUACCACAUAUUCAACUUAGUCAAAGAGUUCACUGUAUUGAACCUGAUAACAAUUCCAGUUAUAACGAAUCAUCUGAUCAGAAUAUAAGAAAGAAAGGCGAGCUUAUUUCUGUAGAUAAUCAUUUGAAGAAAGACUUUGAAUUGGAUAAUUGUGGAGACAACCCCCCAGCUUUAGUAAGAUCGCCAGCUGUAGUGAACCUGGGUCAUAUUUUACAACAAGAAACCAGUAAAUCACUUCAGAAGGACAUCCAAUCUGACUUUCAGAAAACUUUAGGUUGUAAUGUUGACUCAGAUCUUAGUGAUUCAGAAGAUUCUGAUAGCAAACCUUCGUCCACAGAUAAAGAUGAAAAUAAUGAGGAAGAUUCUAUAACAGAAAUUUCUAAAAUUGCUGAAGAAAUCGAAAAAGAAUUUGAAACUAAGGCCAAUGAAAUAGAAAAUCUUGAAAAGACUCUAACAGAAGAGCUUGUUUCACUGGAAAGUGACAUGGAACUUAUUCGUUCCAUACAAGAACAGUUUGAUAUCGAAAGUUAUAACAAGAUAGAUAAAGCAAAAUUAGAAAUCAAACUGGAAGAUGAUGACGAAAUAUCUUCCACUUUCUUUAAGAAAGUCCAAGAUGAAACGAAUAACUUAAAGAACAGUGAAGUCACUAAUGACGAUUUACUUCAUCCACUAAGACGACUUCACAGGACCCAAAUGUACAGGAACCAAAAUGAAAUAUUUAAAACUCGUGAUGAAACACCAUCCUCUCAUGAACACAGUGUCGACUUGAGCGAUAGACGUCGCUCUGGUAGGCUACAGAAUAGAGAGGUGUCGCCACCACACGUAAUAACUCACCUUGAAAACAGACUGAUCCCUGCUGGUUACAGGGUGAAACUGACAUGCUGGAUUUUAGCUGACCCUGAACCACAUAUACAGUGGUUGAAGAACGGGACAAAACUACAGCCGAAGCUGCGACACCUCGCUAUGGAUAUGUAUGACUUUGGGUUAUGCAGCCUGGAGAUCUUCAACGCCAAGCCUUCUGACACAGGACAGUACACAUGUGUGGCCACAAAUUGUUUCGGAACAUGUUCUACAACAGGCUAUCUGAGAGUAGGUG